CUCAUACUGCGCCUGCGCAGGUGAGGUUUCUCUCUCACUGUCGGCGCCGAGCAGGAAUAUGGCUAAGCGCACCAAGAAGGUUGGUAUUGUGGGUAAAUAUGGUACCCGUUACGGUGCGUCCCUUAGGAAAAUGGUGAAGAAGAUUGAAAUUAGCCAGCAUGCCAAGUAUACCUGCUCCUUCUGUGGCAAGACCAAAAUGAAGAGGAAGGCUGUGGGUAUCUGGCACUGUGGAUCCUGCAUGAAGACAGUUGCUGGUGGUGCCUGGACUUACAAUACCACCUCUGCAGUGACAGUCAAAUCUGCGAUCAGAAGACUGAAGGAAUUGAAAGACCAGUAGAAGCUACUUCCUGUUCUCCUUGUGAAACAUCCUUUUUUUUCCACUGUCAAGAUCUGUCCUUUUAAUAAAAAGGUGAUAAUGGA